CUUCACACAGUCUAUAUAUAUAAUAUAUUGACUCGUGUAUUUUUCAACAAAAAAAAAAAUCAUGUAUACAAUUACGGUAGGUGCAAUAUUGAUAAACUGCCAUUCCCAUUGCAUUAGACGCUAGUCAAUCCAAACCUUAUAACAUAAAACGUUAUAGUACAUUUUUCUUUCAUAUCCAAUCGAGUCAAAAUUAUUAUUCGAUCAAAAAAAAAUACCAAAAAAACAAAAGCAAUGGUUAUGGAGCAAGCUGGAACGACACCGUAUUCGGUCGUGUCAGAGUUUGAAGGAACAAUACUGAAGAACGCAGAUUCAUUCUCCUACUUCAUGCUCGUAGCCUUCGAAGCAUCUGGUCUAAUUCGUUUCGCUAUCUUGUUGUUUCUAUGGCCCAUAAUCACACUCCUUGACGUUUUCAGCUACAAAAACGCCGCUCUCAAGCUCAUGAUUUUUGUAGCCACUGUUGGUUUACGUGAACCAGAGAUCGAAUCGGUGGCUAGAGCCGUCCUGCCAAAGUUCUACAUGGAUGACGUAAGCAUGGACACGUGGAGGGUUUUUAGCUCGUGUAAAAAGAGGGUCGUGGUGACAAGAAUGCCUCGGGUUAUGGUGGAGAGGUUUGCUAAGGACCAUCUUAGAGCCGAUGAGGUUAUCGGUACGGAACUGAUUGUGAACCGGUUCGGUUUUGUCACCGGUUUGAUACGUGAAACCGAUGUUGAUCAGUCUGCUUUGAACCGUGUCGCUAAUUUGUUUGUUGGUCAGAGGCCUCAACUAGGUCUUGGAAGACCGGCUGUGACCGCUUCUACAACUUUCUUAUCGUUAUGUGAGGAGCAUAUUCCUGCACCAAUCCCGGAGAACUACAACCACGGUAACCAACAACUUCAGCUACGUCCACUUCCGGUGAUAUUUCACGACGGACGACUAGUGAAGCGGCCAACGCCAGCCACCGCUCUCCUCAUCCUCCUUUGGAUCCCACUUGGGAUCAUACUAGCCGUGAUCCGGAUCUUUCUUGGAGCCAUCCUCCCAUUGUGGGCCACACCUUACGUCUCUCAGAUAUUUGGCGGCCAUAUCAUCGUCAAAGGCAAGCCUCCUCAGCCACCGGCUGCUGGAAAAUCCGGCGUGCUCUUUGUGUGUACUCAUAGAACCCUAAUGGACCCGGUGGUAUUAUCCUAUGUGCUCGGACGUAGCAUCCCAGCCGUUACUUACUCGAUUUCGCGGUUAUCAGAGAUCUUAUCUCCCAUUCCAACCGUCCGAUUGACAAGAAUCCGAGAUGUAGACGCGGCUAAGAUCAAACAACAGCUGUCCAAAGGAGAUCUAGUGGUCUGUCCUGAGGGAACCACUUGUCGUGAACCGUUUUUGUUAAGAUUCAGCGCACUUUUCGCCGAGUUAACGGAUAGGAUUGUUCCGGUUGCGAUGAAUUACAGAGUUGGAUUCUUCCACGCGACCACAGCGAGAGGCUGGAAAGGUUUAGACCCGAUUUUCUUCUUCAUGAACCCAAGACCGGUUUACGAGGUUACGUUCUUGAAUCAGCUUCCUAUGGAGGCAACAUGUUCGUCCGGGAAGAGCCCGCAUGACGUGGCAAACUAUGUUCAGAGAAUCUUGGCAGCUACGUUAGGGUUUGAGUGCACCAACUUCACAAGAAAAGACAAGUAUAGGGUUCUCGCUGGAAACGAUGGAACGGUGUCGUAUUUGUCGUUGAUUGACCAAUUGAAGAAGGUGGUGGGCACUUUUGAGCCUUUUCUCCAUUGAAUUACUCCAGUUAUCGAUCAUCCGAUGAUUUUCUCUUUGUUUUAAUAUAUUAGAUCAGUAGUUUCCCAUCUGUUUGCAAUUUCUUUCUCUUGAUUAAUUUUUGCUUGUGAAAAAGUUUGGGUUGAUUUUUUUAUAUGGUCUAUAAUUAUUGUAUUCUUGUUUGAA